GAUUACAGAGCGGUCGGGAUGCCCCAACUCUCCGGGGCCGGCGGCGGGGGGGACCCGGAACUCUGCGCCACGGACGAGAUGAUCCCCUUCAAGGACGAGGGCGAUCCCCAGAAGGAGAAGAUCUUCGCCGAGAUCAGUCACCCCGAGGAGGAAGGCGACUUAGCCGACAUCAAGUCCUCCUUGGUCAAUGAGUCCGAAAUCAUCCCGGCCAGCAAUGGACACGAGGUGGCCAGACAAGCACAAACCUCGCAGGAAUCCUACCAUGACAAGGCCAGAGAACACCCUGAUGACGGAAAGCAUCCAGACGGAGGCCUCUACAACAAGGGACCCUCCUAUUCGAGUUACUCCGGGUACAUAAUGAUGCCAAAUAUGAAUAAUGACCCAUACAUGUCAAAUGGAUCUCUCUCUCCACCCAUUCCGAGAACAUCGAAUAAAGUGCCCGUGGUGCAGCCAUCCCAUGCGGUUCAUCCUCUCACCCCCCUCAUCACUUACAGCGACGAGCACUUUUCUCCAGGAACACACCCGUCACACAUCCCAUCAGAUGUCAACUCCAAACAAGGCAUGUCCAGACAUCCUCCUGCUCCUGAGAUCCCUACCUUUUACCCGCUGUCUCCGGGUGGAGUUGGGCAGAUCACCCCACCGCUUGGCUGGCAAGGUCAGCCUGUAUAUCCCAUCACGGGAGGAUUCAGGCAACCCUACCCAUCCUCACUGUCAGUCGACACUUCCAUGUCCAGGUUUUCCCAUCACAUGAUUCCUGGCCCUCCGGGUCCCCACACAACUGGCAUCCCUCAUCCAGCUAUUGUGACGCCUCAGGUCAAGCAGGAGCACCCCCACACUGACGGGGACCUGAUGCACGUGAAGCCUCAGCACGAACAGAGAAAGGAGCAGGAGCCCAAAAGACCUCACAUUAAGAAGCCUCUGAACGCUUUUAUGUUAUACAUGAAAGAAAUGAGAGCAAAUGUGGUGGCCGAGUGUACUCUGAAAGAAAGUGCAGCCAUCAACCAGAUCCUAGGCAGGAGGUGGCACGCCCUCUCCCGCGAAGAGCAGGCGAAGUAUUAUGAACUAGCGCGGAAGGAGAGGCAGCUUCAUAUGCAGCUGUAUCCCGGCUGGUCGGCGAGAGACAAUUAUGGUAAGAAAAAGAAGAGGAAGAGAGAGAAACUACAGGAAUCCACAUCAGGUGGAAAACGAAGCUCAUUCCCAACGUGCAAAGCCAAGGCGGCGGCCCCGGGACCCCUCCUGGAGAUGGAAGCUUGUUGAAACCCAGACUGUCUCCACGGCCUGCCCAGCCGACCCCAGAGGAGAACUGGCACCACCUUCACCCUGAGGUCACCGCUAGAGACACUGAUCCACAGAGACAAUCACUGCCGAACCCCUUUCAUCCACUGCAAGAGCCAAGGUCCAAAAUAAAGUGUAAAAAGUUUUUUAAAAGAAAAUUCAGCAGCACAUGAGAAUGCCAGCAGGCCCUGGGUCAGCUGAGCCGCUCUCCUCCCCGCGUGUCCGCCGUGCACUUCCCAGAGCCUCUUGCAUCCAUACCUGUCACCUCUUGGCAAGGAUGGUGACUUGGCUGCCCCCGCGGGCCUGGAGCACCUGGAGCCAGCAGCCAGCGCGGCCUUCAGCGUCCCCGCGGGAACGUGUGGCCGAGUUCCCUCUAUGUCUCCGUCUUCACUUUUCCUUCUCUGCCUUUCUCCUGAAGCUUUUAUUUAACAGCGCAAAAGGAUCAAGUUUGCUUCCUUUUUUUUUUAAACUUGAAUAUUUUUUUAAUUUACACUUUUUAGUUUUAAUUUUCUUGUAUAUUUUGCUAGCUAUGAGCUUUUAAGUAAAAUUCAAAGAUCUGAAAAAGUUGGAAAUAAAAAGGGACUGAAAAGAAGCCACUGUUUUUUGGGCAACAUCUUGUCCAGUAAGUGGCCACGUCCACUCAGCUGGUCGCAGUCGGCAGUGCUAUUCCAUUUUAUUUUUCUUCGGAUCUCGUUUUUGUUUUUUUUAAUGGUAAACCUUAACAGAUACUUUCGGUAGUCCAGUUUGCAGUGAAUUUUCAUUUCUUUCCUUCUCACCCCUUCUUGUAAAAAGCCCAGCACUUGAAUUGUUAUUACUUUAAAUGUUCUGUAUUUGUAUCUGUUUUUAUUAGCCAAUUAGUGGGAUUUUAUGCCAGUUGUUAAAAUGAUCAUUGAUGUACCCUUUUUUUUUUUAAAUAGCAAGGCACAGCCUUUGCCCCAAACUGUCAUCUAACGUUUGUCAUUCCAGUUUGCGUUAACGUGCUGAGCAUUUUUUAAAAGAAGCUUUGUAAUAAAAUUUUUUAAAGUGUAA